AUGCUGUCCCGUCGAAAGCGCAGGUCGCCUUCAAAGUCUGUUGGCUCCAUUCCUUCAAGCGAGGAGCCGGCCUCUGAGCCAAGCUUCAGUUCUCCAGAUACGGCCACUCUGUCGUCUUUCUCCAACAGAUCCAGCAUGUUAUUGGCCUCAUUUGAGCAGCACAACCCAUUGGAGAUCCUUCAUGAGGACGAUGAGGCAGGCAAGCGCCACGCCAGCCCGGAGCUAGCUGCUUUAAGCGCUGCCUACACAAGAUUUGUUUCGAAAUCAGGAGCUAUGAAAACAAAUGUUAUUCGAGUAAGGCUUUUACCGUUCCUACGUACUAAUUUGUCGGCAUCCGGGCCGUCGCAGCCGGCUGCAUUGUCUGCCCGACUACACGUGUUUCAACAGUGGUGGGCCCGAUUGCUGGACGACGUGACUUCGGCAUCAUCCGCGGAAAGAGGGGCCUACUAUGAGGCUGUUUCGUUUCUUAUGGCCCGCCCAGAAUGGCUCAGUGCACCUCUCGAAUACGAAAAGUUGCUCGAAUCAACCGUCGUCCAUGCAGUCGAGAGGGUUGCAGUUGGGUCAGCAGUCUCCUUGGCGAUGGGUGCGUUCCUAGGAAAAGUACUUGCCUAUGGUUUUUUCUAUUGUCCAGGGAUUGCUGAACCUUUGCUUUAUUUAUUGCGUGUUAAGCAAUCGUCUUUAGACAGACUUGCUCACGCCUCGUUGCCGCCUUCUUCGGACCCAUCCAUAAGUUCUCUCAAAUCAGCAUUCCCGCUCCACUGUCAGCCUCUGGUAGGCCAUACGGUAGCGAUCAUUAAAAAACCAAUCGCCGCGGUUCCCGAGUUAUACGGGGCGUGGUCCCGAAGGUGGGACGCAAGCACUGAGGUCUUUGCUUCAUUCUUCAAGCAUUACUACUCUCUGUUAUCGGUAUUAUCUCUCCCUGAAAGUGAAAAUUGGCUGCAUGCGCAUUUGGCCGCCCCCGGUAUCUUCCACCUCCAAGCAGCAAUUCUGGAUUUCCUAGAAGCUCAAAUUGCCCCCGCAGUGCCCUCGCAAUCGGCGAAUAAUGUAAUGCCCGAUAUCUCAGCACCAUAUCCUGUGAUUGAUGGGGUUCCAAAUCGAUCACCUUCCGUGUCCCGACGUAUUUCCCGGGUGGACCGGUUGCGGAUCUUGACGAGCAUCCGGGAGAUUUUGCACAACGACAACGAGUGCUUGCCGUUCUGGAAGCCUUAUGCUUUACAAUUCGACAGGAUUUUUCAGCUUAUUGCCAAGAGCAUCUGCGUGUAUAACAUGAAUGCAUGCGUGUCACUGUGCGACUUGGUGGAAGAAUGGAUUGCCAGCUUGACUUUGUACCAUCCCCGGUCUGUACGACAACAGACGCAUCAUCUUCACGAGGCAGUGGAUUGGCUAUUUUGGAUUCAUGUCUGCCAGCGUAUGAUCACAAGCGAAAACUGUCACACCGAAAUCAGAUCGCUGGCACUUUUGUUCAACAUCUGGGGACACCUCCCUGGGCGUGAAACUUCAGCCGUCCCCCUGCUGCCAUACAUUCCUAUGCCUUACGAUUACGACCUGAGCAAAAUGUCUCAUUUCUCCAGCGACUCGUCGGUAAGCACUACGCUCACUACCAACGCAUCUUCUUCGACCCUUACGUCUCAUUACUCGUCGUCCGAAAGCUUGCAGCAACUGUCAAAGACAGGAACCUCGCUAUCUUCACCCAAGUUUACCAGCGAAAUGUACGAUGCCCUUGCGGCGGCUAAUGCAGACUCUACUCGUCAAAAGUAUGACCCGGCCGUCUUGGCAUCCAUGCUGCCGGAACGCUCGGGUACGAUGAAGCUAGAAGUUGCACCUAAUCCUCCGCCGCAUUCUCGUGUUUUGAACCGACUGCAAAACAAACUUCCUCCGCACCAUGGCCCGAUGUCCCUGCUGUUCUGCCCUCACAGUUCGUCGCUGUUGGGGGAUGUUACGUUGUGGAUUUUGAGUGAACCGGUUUGGGAGCGUUAUUUCUGUCAUUGGAAUCCACUUGUUCGUUCCUACUAUCAUAGGCUGUUGGUAUUCCGCAUUGUAUCUGCCGGCCCGUCAUCGGAUUUCAUCGCCCAGACCGACUGGGCUUCGUACCACUCGGCCGCUAGAUCACUUUUGGCCAUCCGGUUGAAAGAUACAUACAACCAGUGUUUCAACUCUGCUUCCAGAGCGCCGCAGAACCAUGAUCCAAGCCCGAUGUCUCCGGUUCCUGGCCGAUUGAUUCAAAUCGUGUACAGUGGUGCGAAUCAAAAUGGUUCGGCUGAGGAUGGUCACCAUCGGGCCUAUCCGUUCGAUAUAUUCGAUAAUGUGGCCUACUAUGGGAAUGGUGGUCAGGGGUCGCAGAGUCGUCAGAACAGUCGAAGCUCUUCUUAUUCUUCAAUGGCGAGCAUGCACGAAACCUCCAUGAACGACAAGCAAGAAGUUGAAGUCGAGCCGAGCAGCGAGGAGAAAAAAGAAACCAAGACCCGCAGGUGGCAGGUAUUCCGCAGAAGAAAGUCUGAAAAGGAAACGGCCAAGGAGGAUUCAGUGAGCCCAUUGGACGUUCCCGCUCCGCCGCAGUUACUCGAAAGACGACCUAUAAUCCAGCGCUCCCCGUACCGCUUUGUCCUUGCUCAUUCGGCCCGGCGCUCCAGCUCUGGUAGCAACAGCAGCGCCAAGCGGAAGCUUACACUGCCGCGCCUGCCGUUCGAGUCUGAGCCUUUGUGCUCGCUGCCACAGCAGCGGGGCAUGAGCAAAGCAAGCGAGCUCCUGUACUACAACUACGGCUCACGCUCUCUGGCUGAGUGGAACCAAACUGUGCGAAUGUUUGAAGACUUUGCCAACCGCCAGAUCCAUCUCAGCUCCUGCCUAGAAGACAUGGUUAUCCCGUUCCUUGUAGCAGAGAUCCCUUCAUGA